AUGGAGUUCGAAAGCAAAAUAUUCCCUCAAAUUGGAGGAUUCGGGCGCUAUAACAGACUUGUAACAGUGUUUACGUGGUUUCCGCACUUUGCUGUUUCUUUAAACGUUUUCUGUGACAUUUUCUUAACUCUGGUUCCUGAGUCGUAUCAGUGCCGGACGGAUCCGGAGUUACUGCCGCCCUCAUUACUGCUCAGUAACCUCUCCAGACAGGCGUACCUCAGCUUCACCGUGCCCUGGGUUAACGGAACAGGACUGAGCCACUGUCAGCUUUAUAAAUACCCACAAAACUGGACCAACCUGACCGACAGAGUGCACAGAGAGGUGGUGCCGUGUACCAGAGGAUGGAGAUAUGGCAAAGCUGCUGGACUCCGGAGCAACUUUGUUACAGAGUGGAAUUUGGUGUGUGAGGAUUAUUGGAAGAUUCCCCUGCAGCACAUCUGCUUCGUGACCGGCUGGAUAAUCGGAUACGUGCUGCUUGGCACCGUGUGUGACUGGUUGGGUCGGCGUCGUGCUCUGCUGCUCUCUGUGUGUCUGUCAGGUCUGCUCGGAGUUGCUGUGUGCUUCUCCAGCAAUACUGUGGUGUUCCAGCUGCUCCGUCUGUGCCAGGGCACUGUGUUUGCUGGUGUUUUUCUGUCUUCGUACAUUGCCCGUGUGGAGCUGUGUGAUCCUCCUCACCGGCUGAUGGUCUCCAUGAUCAGUGGUUUCUUCUCUGUGUUUGCUGAGCUGUUGAUGCCAGGGCUGGCCGUGCUGUGCGGUGACUGGCCCGUGCUUCAGGCUGUGGUUACUGUACCUUUGCUGCUGCUGCUCUCCUACUGGUGCUGGCCCUCUGUGUUCCCGGAGUCUCCCCGCUGGCUUCUGGCCACCUCUCAGAUUCCUCAAGCCAAGAGAUGCUUGCAGCUGUUCUCUACUCGAAACGGAGUGUGUAGAAAUGAAGAGAUUUACCCGGCGGAGACUCUACUGACAGAGAUAGAUGUGGCAUUCUCUGAGGACCCCCAGCCGAAGUACCACCACGUCCUUGAGCUCCGGCACACCAGAGUUAUCUGGAGAAACUGUCUCAUCUUGGCGUUUACCCUCUUCAUCGGUACGGGGAUCCAGUACUGCUUCACUCGGAACCUCCACAGCUACUCAUACCAGUUCUACUUCAGCUAUUUCCUGCGGGCUCUGACAGGAGCAGGGGCGUGUGGGUUCUUGUGUUUGACGGUGGAUCGAGUGGGUCGGAGAGGGAUCUUACUGCUGGCUGCCAUCAUCACAGGCCUGUCCUCACUGCUGCUGCUGGCCCUUAUACCAUAUCUGCGUGGGGGGCUGGUGUUGGUGCUGUCGUUUGUGGGUCUCCUCUCGUCUCAGACUCUAGCUGUGCUCAGCGUGUUCUUCGCCAGUGAAGUCAUGCCCACUGUUGUACGCGGCGGUGCUUUGGGACUGGUCAUGGCUGCCGGCAGUGUGGGCAAGGCCGCUUCCUCUCUGAUGGAGCUGCAAAACAACGGCGGAUACUUCCUGCACCAUGUGGUUUUUGCCUCAUUCGCCGUUCUCUCUGUGCUCUGCAUCAUGCUGCUGCCCGAAAGCAAACGCAAAGCUCUGGCCGACUCCAUGAAAGACGGGGAGAAUCUGCGCAGGCCUGCGCUCUUCGAUUCUCCUAGAGACAGAGACGACCUGCCCCUUCUGAGCCGUCGCCAUCCGCCGUCCCAGUACAACCCGGAGAACUACUCGCGCCUGCUCAGCGCCACCAGGAAGAUGCUUAACAAAGAAACAGUAUCGUAUAAGAUUGCUGGGGCGUCUCAAACAACACUGCUGCACGGCGAUGGAGCUGCACAGCACGUUUUGUCAACCACCUUAUCCUGGUCAGGGUCGCAGCGAGAUCUGGUGUCAGUGGGAAACGGGCAGGAAUAUUCUGUACAGGGCACAAAUCCAUAGCAGGAAUUUAGCUAUCUCCCCAGAUUCCCCCACCCCAAUCGUGUCUAAGUAGAUGUCCGGCCGGCUGAUAGCACCGCUUAGAGUCGAACCCGAAUCUCAGUGUCUCACCAGACUAAACAAUUCCACAAUAGUCUCAGCUGAACAGGACAAGGUCUAGCAUAUGCUUCCUCCAGGACUACCUCUUCAUUCUUUACCUGAUGAAAUUUAAACUAAGAGCUCUUUGGUCACCCUUCGUCUCAUUUUCAGCUUUCCCCUGUGAGCGACAUGUUUUAUAUUAUGCCAGAAACACUGACUGGUUGAUGUUAAAUAAUAUAAAGCAUGUUUCGAUGCUUGAUAUGCCUCCUCAGAAACAAUCAAUAAACAUCCUACAAAGGCACUGAUUUUGAACCUACUUUCACUGGGUAAUCUGUUUGCUGCCACACUGCUUGUCCACUAGGACUUGCUGGCCGCACCUCAUCAGCUGAAGUAUAUGCUCCUGCCUUUUAUAUAUUUUCACUGCCUGUAGUGCCAUGAGAUUGAUAUGACCACAGGGUAUGGAGGUGUAAAUGAGCAAGUCAAGCCAGUCCCCUGGUGUCCCAGGUGGAAGUCAGAAUUAAUGUUGACCCUCUGAAGAGUGAGGAACGUGUUUAUUAACAUGAUUGGUAUUCCAGUCCUGCUGGCUAGAUUUGCUGCUGUGAGACGUAUAACAUGACCUGGAUGGCACUGUCGUAACUCUAGAAUUGAUAUAGUCAGUCAGAUAAAGCAUUACUAAGCUCAGUUGUGAAGUUAAAGAUUGCAGCUAUAAAUCCCCAUGUCAUGUGUUGAAUGCUCGUAUUUAAUGCUGUUUACAUAUUUUUUGUGCUCUGAUGCCCGGGAUUAUGAGCUCCAGACCUCGUCCACUUUGCUGGCCUUGUGUUUUUAUUACAGGAAUCACAUGCCACUCUUCCUUCCGGAGCACUAUUUGAGCCAAACUUACUGAAAGGUGUUGAAACCUUAUUUUAUAAAUAACACGAUGUGAAUGUCCUUUUAUUUUUAAUGCUAUUGUUCUCUUACUGUGGUAUGAAGAGCACUAAUGAAGUGAACGCUGCUGCAAACAGAUGAAACCACUAAUCCAUUCUGGUGAAGCAUGAAAACUGUGUGCAAGUUCUUAUCUUUGUAAUUUAUACAUAUAUAAUGUAAUAAAAUUUAUAUUUAUA